AUGAAACUCACACUAAGAAUAAGAUAUGAAUGUAAGGCAAGGAUACGAAUAAAAUGGGACACUGACAGUGGGUUGUACUAUAUUAAACAACACAUCUUUUUGCACACACAUGAGCUGACAAGGGCUGAAUGGCAGCACCUACAUCGAUCCGAAAGGCAUGUAUCAAUUGCAGAGAAGACUGAUACAAUUCAUUCAUUUGAAGAAGCAAGCAUAAGACCGACCACUGCUUAUAGAUAUUUGUCUCAAGAUGCAGGGGGUGACGAGUUUGUGGGGCAUACACUAACUGAUCAUAUCAACUAUGUCAAUGGAUUGAGGAUGAAAGCAAUAGAAGAGGGUGAUGCUCAAACGAUAAUUGACAAGUUAAUUGAGGAAUCGAAAAAAGAUCCUGAUUUUUACUAUCGCGUAAGAUUGAAUGAUCAAGGUCAACUUAUAGCUUUAUUCUGGAGUGACAGUAUUUCCAAAUGCAAGCAUAGAUUAUGCUUGUGCCACAUAUUAAAAAAUGCAGCGUCAAGAUUUGGAACUUUAAAGGCAAAUGCUAGAUUCAAGGAAGCUUUUCAUAAAUGCUUGAUGGGAUGCAACAGUGAGGAUGAAUUUAACGAGUGCUGGGAUAAUAUAGUCACAAUGUACAACAUGAAAGACAAUGAAGAAUUCUACAAGUGGUUUGAUCGAUUACACAAAAUACGACACAAAUGGUGUACAGGAUUAAGUAAAGAUUUCUUCUCAGCCGGGAUUCUAUCCUCUCAAAGGAGUGAAUCAACAAAUAGUGCCAUCCGAUUUGAAGCAACAAAAACAACAACUUUGACACAAUUUUAUAAAAUUUUCCAAACGACAGUUGAGCAAUCGAGAAAAAGAGAGAUCGAAGCAGAAUUCCACUAUUCAAGGACAACACCAUCUUCUAGUCUAUGUAUUGUUGGUUUGCUCAAACAUACUGCUAAGAUUUACACUGCAUCUCUAUUUAGAGAUUUCGAAGAAGAGUUCAAAAUAGCUAUAUCUUGUUAUGUUACUGAAGGUGUGGAUAGAAGAUAUGAAAGAAAGCGCACUGUUGUUUAUAUGAACCAUCAAGGAAAUGUUAAUGUUAAGCGCACAUGUAAAAACUUUGAGGCUUGUGGUUGGUUGUGUUGUCAUUGUUUGUGCAUACUUCAUAAUCAUUCAAUAUCAAAGAUCCCAGAAAAAUACAUCUUACCUCGAUGGACAAAAUGUGCUAAAAAGGAUGUAUGGGAGAAGAUGUUCUACAACCAAGUCCCUCAUAGCAAAGACAACGAUAGGAACCAGAGGUUGUUGGCAUUGCAGUGGAGGCAUAACAUGGGGCGUAAGAUGUACAAUUCGGUUUUUAAAGCACAACAAAACAACGAUGCUCAAAGGGUGGUUGAGGAUUUUUGUCACAAAGCAUACGAAGAAGUUCAAAGGUUGCAAGAAGAAUCAAUCCAAGAAAACACAUCACAAUCAAACGUCUCUAAAACUAGAUUCAUGGUGUUAGACCUAGAUAAAUCAGUAACUAAGGGACGCAAAAGAGAAUCAAGGGUCAUUUUGAGAAGAAAAAGAACACGACGAAUAAGGAGUUUGGUUGUACAACCCCCAAAAAAAUUAAUAUAG